CGCUGACUUCUGGUUACUUUAGGACAACAGUAGUGUCUGCUGUCCUCAGUUUCUCCAAAAUGCAGACCAAGGCUUUCACCUCGGCGCGGCCGCAGCGUAUGGCUGCGCUUAAGGCCCAGCGUGCCCCCGCGGUGACUGUGCGUGCCGCCGCUGCUCCAGCUGUGGCCCCUGCACCGGCCUCCAGCUCCAGUGUCGAUGAGCCACUGAUGCUGCGCGCCCUGCGCGGUGAGAAGGUGGAGCGGCCGCCGGUGUGGAUGAUGCGCCAGGCCGGCCGCUACCAAAAGGUGUACCAGGACCUCUGCAAGAAGCACCCCACGUUCCGCGAGCGCUCGGAGCGCGUUGACCUUGCUGUGGAGAUUUCUCUGCAGCCCUGGCACGCGUUCAAGCCCGAUGGCGUCAUUCUGUUCUCGGACAUCCUGACCCCGCUGCCGGGCAUGAACAUCCCCUUCGACAUGGCUCCCGGCCCCAUCAUUAUGGACCCUAUUCGCACUAUGGCGCAAGUAGAGAAGGUGACGAAGCUGGACGCGGACGCCGCCUGCCCCUUCGUCGGCGAGUCUCUGCGCCAGCUGCGCUCGUACAUCGGCAACCAGGCCACUCUGCUGGGCUUCGUGGGUGCGCCCUUCACCCUGGCGACGUACAUUGUCGAGGGCGGCUCGUCCAAGAACUUUGCGCACAUUAAGAAGAUGGCCUUCUCCACUCCGGAAGUGUUGCACGCGCUGCUGGACAAGCUGGCGGACAAUGUGGCCGACUACGUGCGCUACCAGGCCGACGCGGGUGCUCAGGUGGUGCAGAUUUUCGAUAGCUGGGCUUCGGAGUUGCAGCCCCAGGACUUCGACGUGUUCUCCGGGCCGUACAUCAAGAAGGUGAUCGACAGCGUCCGCAAGACACACCCCAACCUCCCUAUCAUCCUUUACAUCUCAGGCUCGGGCGGUCUGCUUGAGCGCAUGGCUGCCGCGCAGCCCGACAUCAUCUCUCUGGACCAGUCGGUGGACUUCACAGACGGCGUGAAGCGAUGCGGCGCCAACUUUGCCUUCCAGGGCAACAUGGACCCCGGCGUGCUGUUCGGCUCCAAGGACUUCAUCGAGACGCGCGUCAUGGAUACAAUCAAGGCCGCCCGAUCUGCUGGCGUGCGCCACAUUAUGAACCUUGGGCAUGGUGUGCUGCCAGGCACUCCAGAGGACCACGUGGGCCACUUCUUCCACGUCGCCCGGACCGCCCACGAGCGCAUGUAAGGAGCAGGAGGCGGAAAACAUGUCAGGAGUUGACCUGCUCUGACCAUGGUUGAACAAAGGCUGGUGUUCAAGUGGCAGUUGACGGGGAAGGAGGGGCGAGGGAGGAUUCAAUGCGUGGAAGGUUCUUGUAUGAGAGGUAUGAGGGCAGGAGACUCUGCCGACGUCCGCUACGCCAACGAGUUGGCACAGUGUGCUUUGGAUUAGGAUGUGUUAAAUGUUUGGGUGGUAAUCGAUGCUUACUAAGGGCUCACAGAGCCUUGCGUUCUCGUUGAAAUGAGACAAGGUCGCAGAGCCUCUCGGGUGGGCGUGUGUUUUUCAGAGGAGAGCAGGAUGGACGCGGGAGCUUACGCGAAUGAAGUGCUGAGGGGGAAAUUAGGACGGUUGUGACAUCGGACAGGGUGGUAUGUGGUGCAGGGCUGGAGCGGGGUGACGGGCUGGGUUUGACUUGACCGGACCAGCGCUGAAAGGGUUUUACCGCUUGGUAUCUGCUCAAAACAUUCACAUGCGCCAGCAAGAUCAUUUCAUUGUGAUUAGUUUACGGAUGGGUGGGGUUCUAAUCAGCUAUAGAAACGGGCGUGUUCACCCACAUAGCCGUACGUCGCACCACCGCCGCUUCUGUGCCACGCACAUCGAGUGUGUUGAGAAUUUUGACUGCCGGAAUCAUACGGUGGCUACGGAACGAGACAAAAUACGUGCGACCCCGUCACGGACUCACAUGGAUUCCGUUCACAUGGACGAAUCUUGAUAGUCGGAACUCGAUUUUAACAGACAGUACGUUGACGCUUUGUGGGGCCACGUCUCUUCUCCAUGCUCCAUGGGUGAGCCAUCAACGUGGUGUUGUCCUUUUGUAAGACUGUCGUGGGAGGUUUAUUCAAUAUUUUGCUUAUAACCCAUCCAUAUCUCAACGAAUCAGAAAUCAGGUCAGGCACUACUGGUGCAGCACGCACCAAUGUCCCCGGGAUCGAGACCUGUGAAGGUCGAAAAUCCUUCCGAUGGUCCGAUGGUGGAAGGUUAAAGUACCCCGAGUUGAUCGACAGUGUUGACCUGGGAUAAAGUUGGCUUGCGACCAGGAAUGGAGCUGGGCCGCCGUUAAUCCGGCAGAUUCCGUUGGAUGCCGGUGGUGGGUGCGGAACCUGAGCGAUCCACUAAGAGUUGACUAGGGUGAUUAGAUGAGGGUGUCCCGAAAUACCGGGGAAGGCAGGGUUUCGCCAGGUAGCGGCCACGGGUGAAG